GACCGAAGGUGGGGUAUGGCCAGUGUCAUGCCAGGGGUGGGGAUGAGGGCGGGGGCAGGGCAGUAAUUCCAGGCCUGACAGGAGAGUGUGGCCCCCCCGCCCCCUCCAAGACUGGAGAACAGAAGGGCAGGAAGAGACGGAGUAAGCAGGUAAUGGUCUCCCCGGGGCAGCCCACCCUGAGCAGGUGUGAUGUCCCCUCGGCCCUCCGAGGGCGCCUGGUAGGAGUUCUGGGUGGGCACCAGGGAGAAAGGGGUUGGCAUUGCAGGGGAGGGGCUCAGCAAGCAGUGGGUGAGGGCCAGGGGCGCUUAAAGCAGAGCAGGGGGCUGGCGGGGCCAAGCAGGGAACCCGUGCAUGUGCAGGGGUGGGUGCGUGGCAUCCAGUGGGGUGGGCAGGGUGCAGGGCGGCCACAGAGGGCGAGGAUGCAGGAUCCUGGGCAAAGGAGGGGAGAAGGAGGGCAGCGUGGCCCCGGCUGUGGCUCUCCUCCCUCCUGCUUGCCCAGGGCCAGUCCACCGGGCAUGUUGGUGACAAUCUGGGGCUGCUUCGGCCAGCCACCAGCCUCCACUGGGCCCUCCCUUCCCUGCUGCCCAGGGACUGUGGCUCUGGAGGACCAGCCGUCUCGUCCAGGGCAAAAGACAGGGGUUCAUAGAGCAGGGCAAAAGACAGGGGUUCAUAGAGCAGCUGAGCAGGCUCAGCUCAGAGAGGUCAGGUGGGGGGCUGCUGACUGCCAUUUAUGGCACCCAAAGACAGGGCCAUCAAAGGGCCAGAGGCCCAGGGAUCUGAGUGAGCCCAGGCCUCCUGUGGGGCAGCUCCGAGUCCACUUGGGCGGACUCCCCAGCCCUGAGCCUGGGGAGGCGUGGCUUCCCUGCAGGCCCCACAGCAACCUGUUCAGCUUGUGCAGCAGCUGGCUGGAAGUCGGGUCACAGCCGAUGACCUGCCCCAUGUGGCCUGAGGCAAACGGCCCCCCCUUCUCCUCCCCAUGUCCUUGGCCCCCUGAACUCCUGGUCCCAGGCCCGCCUCUCCCAGCUGUGUCCAGCAGGACUCCUGGCGCCUGGGUCACCCUGCGGCAGUCAGCACUACACUGUCCUACCCUGUCCUUUAGGCCUAUGCUCAUCCUUGGGCCUGGCUGUGAUGAUGAGAUUCAGAUGCCGGAGGGGCUGGCCAGGAGGUGAGGGGCUCGUGAGGGAGCAGGGGAGCAGGGGAGCAGGCGGCCGAGCACUGGGGAGGGGAGUUGAGGGUGCAGGGCAGGGAGCGGCCCGCCUCGGGGAAGCAGGGCUAGGAGCCGGGGCGCC